UCAAAGUUUUCACACAAAACCAGUCGACUCUUCUCUCAAACAAAAGACAACAGUUUUGUCCGAAAACUCGAUUCCAAACCAAAAGAGUCGACAAAAAAACGACAAAAUUUACGGAAAUUUUAUUGUCUUUUUUGUGACAUUUUUCGGUCAAAUUCACCGAAUAUUCAAUUGAAUCAACACUUAAUCCGCAGUUAAGCCAAACAUCUCAUCAACAAGUGUCCAAAAUCAGUGUCCAAUGUCUUCAAUGUCUUCCAAUUGAUCCCAAAAAUGACCGUUUCUGUGGUCUUGUUCUUCCUGUGUGUUGUCAUCACUUUAUUUGAUCCGUUGUUCGCUUUCCGCAAUACAACCGAAUGCGUGUCUUCGUCUGUUUGUCAGAACGGCGGACAAUGCGUUGAUUUCCGCUGCAAAUGUCCGCUUCAAUGGACAGGAAGUCGUUGUGAAUUCGCGAAUCCGUGUUUCGGAAACCGUUGUCUAAACGGCGGAACUUGUGUCUCAUCUCUACCGCCGAUAAACCCUCUAAACCAUCCCAUCUCAUCGAGAGCUUCUCCGACCUUCCGGUGCGUUUGUCAACUCGGAUAUUCGGCGUCUUUGUGUGAAAUUCAAUUGCCGUCUGUUUGUGACCAAAACCCGUGUAUUAAUGGCGGAAAAUGUCGUCUAAAGAACUCUUUGAAUGAAUGGCAAUGUGAAUGUGAAGACGGAUGGACGGGAGCGAGAUGUCAGCGUCGAGAUCAUUGUCACGAACAUCAGUGCAGAAACGGAGCGCUUUGUGUCGCCCGAGACGACGCAUAUUCAUGUGAGUGUCAAAAAGGAUUUUCAGGACGUCUUUGCACUCAAGACGUCGACGAAUGCGCUUUAGAUCCCAAUGUCUGUCACGGAAACGGCAUUUGUGUCAAUACUUUCGGGUCUUUGCGGUGCAAUUGUCAGAAGGGAUGGACGGGAUCCCGAUGUGAGUCCCGAUACGUCCCGUGCGCGCAUUCCGAGUGUCUGAACGGCGGACAUUGUGUUCCGCAUUAUCAGGCCUUGUCCUUCUCAUGCCAGUGUCCCGUCGGGUUUUCUGGCCAGAGAUGCGAACACAAUGUUGACGAUUGCGGCGGAAAUCUGUGUCAAAACGGCGCCACGUGUUUGGACGGCGUCAACACUUAUACUUGCAAAUGUCCGUCUCAGUGGACGGGACCCUAUUGUUCGCGAGACGUCGACGAGUGCGCCGUUCGUCCGCAUGUCUGCCAAAACGGCGCAACUUGUGUCAACACUUUGGGAGGAUUUCAAUGCGUUUGUGUUAACGGAUGGACAGGAAUCACGUGUCAAGACAAUAUCGACGAUUGCGCGGCCGCAGCYUGCUUCAACGGGGCCACGUGCCACGAUCGCGUCGGGUCUUUCUAUUGCCAAUGUCCGGCCGGGAAAACGGGUCUUCUCUGUCAUUUGGACGACGCCUGUGCUUCCAAUCCGUGUCACGACGGUGCCAUUUGCGACACUUCCCCGAUUGACGGCACUUAUCUGUGUUCGUGUCCAACUGGUUAUAAAGGCGUGGAUUGCACGCAAGACGUGGACGAGUGCCGAGAGUCUGGAUCUCCUUGCGAACACGGCGGGACUUGUGUCAAUACUCCGGGUUCGUUCCGUUGCGACUGCGCAGUGGGGUUCGCGGGUCCGCGUUGUGAAGUCAAUAUCAAUGAAUGCGAUUCUUCUCCGUGUCUGAACGACGGCACGUGUCUCGACGAACGCGGUUCCUAUAGAUGUGUUUGUAUGCCAGGCUAUUCCGGCUCUCAUUGCGAACACGACGUCGACGAAUGCGCUUCAAAUCCCUGUCUCAAUGGCGCCCUUUGUACGGAUCUAAUCAAUGGUUUCCGCUGUCUGUGUCCGUCCGGAUUCGACGGAUCGCGUUGUGAGCGUGCCACUGACCACUGCGCGUCCAAUCCAUGUCUGAACGGCGGUCAUUGCGCGUCUCUUUCCGACGGAUUUCAAUGUGAAUGCAAUCAAGGAUUUGUUGGACAGAAAUGUGAACUCAAUGUCAAUGAUUGCGAAUCCACUCCUUGUCAUCGAGGAAGAUGUCAGGACGAGGUCAACGGAUUCAGAUGCGUUUGCGAUCCCGGAUUCACGGGACUCCUGUGUCAACAACAGAUCAAUGAAUGCGCUUCUCUUCCGUGUCAAUUCGGCGGAACUUGUCGCGAUCUCGUCAACGGAUACUCAUGCGACUGUCCCGACGGAACCACUGGUCAGAACUGCGAAUUCAAUGUCAACGAGUGUUGGAGCAAUCCCUGUCGUCACGGCGGCACUUGUCGCGACCGAGUCGGGCAUUAUGUCUGCGACUGCGCAGACGGCUUCUCCGGCAAAGAUUGCGAACAAGAUUUGGACGAAUGUCUGUCGAAUCCGUGUUCGAAUGGCGGCCAAUGUGUGGAUCGUCCGAACGGUUAUAAGUGUUUGUGUCCGAAGGGAUUCUUCGGUCCAAGAUGUCUGUCAGACGUCGACGAAUGCGCUUCCAAUCCGUGUCUAAACGGCGCCACGUGUGAAGACGACUUGAACGCCUUUGUGUGUCAUUGUGCGCGCGGAUGGACGGGAAGACGUUGUGAUCAACAAAUCAAUGAAUGUCUUUCCAAUCCGUGUCAAAAUGGCGCCUUUUGUUUGGAUAAACAAAACGGAUUCGACUGUAAAUGUCCUAAAGGCUUCUCCGGGCGAUUGUGCGAACUCAACGACAACGACUGUGUAUCUGAUCCGUGUCUUAACGGCGGAUCUUGUAUUGAUUUAGUCAAUCGAUAUACUUGUCGUUGCGCUUCUGGAUUCGCUGGAAGACAUUGCGAACAGGAUUUAGACGAAUGUCUGUCGAAUCCGUGUUCGAACGGCGGUUCUUGUGUCGACCGUCCGAACGGUUAUUCCUGUUUGUGUCCGAAAGGCUUUUUCGGUCCAAGAUGUCUUUCCGAUGUCGACGAAUGCUCUUCCAAUCCGUGUUUCAACGGCGGAACAUGUGAGGACGACGUUGGUCGCUUCCAGUGUCAUUGUCCACGUGGGUUCGGAGGUCGGCGUUGUGAACAGGAAGAGAAUGAAUGCAAUUCUCAUCCGUGUCUUAACGAAGGAAAAUGUGUUGAUUUGAGAGCAGAUUUUCAAUGCGUUUGUCCGCAAGGAUUUUCCGGAAGAUUCUGCGAACAAAACGUCAACGACUGCUCCCGAAUCACGUGUCUAAACGGMGGAACCUGUGUCGACGGUCUCAACGCCUUCACGUGCGUUUGUUCCGCUUCUUUCACCGGUUUUUAUUGCGAAUCAGAAGUCAAUCCAUUCCGCGAUAAUCCGUGGCGUUUGUGUCCGUCUGCGGCCACGUGUUACGCCCGUUUUGGAGACGGGAAAUGCGAUGCGGAAUGCGAUUCUCGGGAAUGUCUUUUCGACGGAAUGGAUUGUCGUCGUCCGGAGUCGUCGUCCUGUAAUGAGAUGUACGAAGCCUAUUGUGAAGCCAAUUAUGCGAACGGAAGGUGUGAUGCCGGCUGUAAUAACGCCGAGUGUGCGUGGGAUGGACUCGACUGCGAACCCGAAGCCAUUGAUCACGAACUCAAAGGCGAUCUUCUUCUGCAAGUGGACGCGCCCUUCGCUCUGCUCACUCAGUCCACUGACGAAUCACGUGUCACUUUAGUCGGACUUUUGCGUCAAUUGUCGACAAUUAUCGGAUCAGUUGUCAAAUUAAGACAAAUCAAGUCCAACGGAACCCAUUCUACUCAACUCGUCCUGGCCGUCGAUUCCCGUCGGUGUGCGGCCGGCGAGUGUUUCGCGUCUUCCCGAGACAUCGCGUCCUUCUUGACUGCGGCCAAAACACGUGACCAGGAUCGGUUUUCGCAUUUAUUGCAUUCGGGAUUUCGAAUAACAGAUAUCGACGCAACAGAUGGCGAAACAAUCGGAUUUCCCAACAAUUCCCCGCACGGACUCACUUACGUCGCGGUCGCGGUGGUCAUCCUUCUGGUGGGCGGUCUCAUUGCCGGAGUUCUCGUUUCGUCCAAUCGCAAGAAAGUGGCCAAAGGUAUCACGUGGUUUCCCGAGGGAUUYUUCAAUACUUCCGGAGCAAUGGUUUCCAGACAUCAAAACGCUUCUUCGGCCGCUGCGGGCGGCGAAUAUGGACGAGCGAGACGACGAGUCGGCGGAAGAACGGGAAGACCCGACGGACAGGAAAUGAGACAAUUCAAGUCACGUGAGGACUUGACGGACGACAAGGCGGCGAUGAGUGCCAUCUAUGAGGAACCAAUGGAGUGUCGCGAAUGGACGCACGCGCACUUCGACGCGUACAAAGCAGAGGCUAUGACUCCGCCUCUAAACACGCCUUCCAUCGACGCGAUUGGUCCAAAUGGAAUGACACCUCUGAUGGUUGCAUCGGCCUUCCCGUCGCACGUGAUCUCUGUGGACAACCCCGACACGUGUUUGAGUGAGAUGGGGGCGGAGCGCGUGCACGACUUACUGAUGAACGGCGCGAAUGUUUCGCUGACUUGCGAUCGAACGCAUGAAUCAAGUCUUCAUUUAGCCGCGAGAUACGCACGCGCAGAUGCAGCCAAACGACUGCUGGACGCGGGAGCAGAUUGUAAUGCUCAGGACGCGACCGGAAGGACUCCUCUUCACGGCGCCAUUGCUGCCGACGCACGUGGUGUCUUUGAAAUACUAUUACGAAAUCGUUCGACGAAUUUAAAUGCGAGAACUCUGGACGGAACCACUCCUUUGAUAUUAACCGCGAGAAUGAAUUCCGAAGCAAUGCUCGAACGCCUUGUGACCGCCGAAUGCGAUCUCAACGCCGCCGAUGACGCCGGGAACACCGCUCUUCAUUGGGCCGCUUCGGUCGACAAUUUACACGCCGUUCGCGUUCUCAUUCAAAAUGGCGCCAAUCGUGACGCUCAGAAUAAUCGCGAAGAGACGCCAUUGUUUUUGGCGGCUCGUGAGGGAGCCUUCAAUCCGGCGCACGAACUGUUGAAAGCGCAUUCCAAUCGAGACAUAACUGAUCACAUGGACAGACUUCCACGUGACGUCGCUUUGGAACGAAUGAACACAGAUAUCGUCGCCCUAUUGGAUGAUUUCAUUCCUCUGACUCCUCCCACUCCAAUUGGUCCGACUUCUCCCAAAACGACUUCUCUUCGCCGCAAACGAACGCUUCCGCCGCCGCCUCCGCCGCGAAACAUCAUUUCUCAUCAGACGUCUCUCUACUCGUCGUCUCUGUCGUCGCCUCCUCUCGUGUCCCCGCCCUCGCGUCCUCCUCCCACAUACGAAGAUGCGUUGAUGAAGCCCCGCCCUCCGCGUCCCCCCGAGUCCUAUUUGACGCCUUCCCCGGACUCGCCGUCGACUUGGGUUUCGUCGCCGUCCACUUCGUCGCCCCUUUCGGCGGACUGGUUGUCCCUGGCCCACUCGGACCCGUCGUCACUUCCCCCCGCCCUGCAGUCGCCGCCCACCCGUUUCGCCACUUCCUCCCAACAGGCGGUUUUCAUUUAAAUCUCGUUUUCUGUAAAUAUCUGUAAAUAAACUCAUUUUUUGACCCAAUUUUGGUCCAAAAAAGACUUUUAUUGAACGCACGCGCCAGAGUUCAUCGCACGCGACCCACUUUCCGUUCAUUCCUCGAGACGAUGCCCUCCGAUUCCGACGUUUUGUCCGCGCCUUCUCUAUUGGUCGCUCACUUUUCGGC